UACACAUUUUUAGUUUUACUCCUGUUGAACAUUUGAAAUUUGAAUUUUAAAUUUAAAACCUUAUUGCGAACACUAAACGUCUGAUGUAUUGUACUACAUUUAAUUUGAACAGUUUUUUAUAAUUUAAUUGUUUUUGUCACGAAAUUUAAGAUGGGAAAAGUACGUAGGUACAAGAAGAAAUUAGCCAAAGCCGCAGAAGGAACAACAAACCGCGAAAGUGGAAAUGAACAAACAAAUUAUUUGUUAUUGGCUGAAGAGCUAAUGAAAAUGAAAAAGGAUGAUGACAAGAUGAGUGUCUGUUCUGUGAUGAAGAGUGUCAAAUCUUGUGGCGGCGGUGAAUCUCUAAAAUUGAAAAAAGACGCAAAGCGGUGUUUAAAACAUGCGUUCCUGAUAAAAAAGCUUGGAGUGACACAGAAAAAAUUGAAAAAGAAAAAAAAAAAGUCUAAUGAUGAUGACAGUGACAAUGAAGACAAUGACGAUGAUGAUAAUGGUGAUAUUGAAAUGAGCAAUCAAAAAGUACUAGAUUGGCCUGUUGGAAUAACAAAUAAUAGCGAUACAAGAGUUGCUCCUGUUAAAAAACAUAGAAAAGGAUUCCAAAAAAAACAAAACGCCCAAUUAGCUAAAGACUUGACGUUAUUUUCCAAAAAAAUUAAAAAGCAAUUGAAGCAUCCUGAUCAAAAUAUCUUCAAAACAACCAAUUAAUUUUUCAACUACAUUUUUAACAUUUGUAUUAAAAUUUAA